CGGCAACGCCUUGCAAAAGAAAAGGAGGAGGAGGAGGUUCUCUCUCUCUCUCUGGGCGCUUUGGGGACUUAAAAGGCGAAAGAAGGGAGGCAGAGCGGAGGGGGAGUUUUCUCUCUUGGUCGGAGAUUGCUUAGGAAGCAGCGGUGCUGGGGCUCUGGGCGCAUGGCUGGCUACUUCCAGGGCGAUUUGGCUCGCAGCCCCCGGCCGAGGAGGGCCAGGAGCUGCUGCCGGAGGUGCCUCCCUGCCCCUGGCAGUGCCAGCCCCAGCAAAGCCAUGGCUAAGCAAGGCCCCUUGCCCAGUGCCCCUUCCUUGCCCACAGCCACCAUCAAAGAAGAGCUGCUGUGCCCCAUCUGCUACGAACCCUUCAAAGAUGCGGCCACCCUCAGUUGUGGGCACAACUUCUGCAAAGGAUGCGUGAGUCGGUCCUGGGAAGGCCAAAGCCGCCAUGUCUGCCCCGUAUGCAAGGUGCCCUGCUCCCCGGAGGACCUGCACACCAACCACACCUUGGCUAACAUUGUGGAGAUGUUUCUCAGGCAGGAGAAGAAGCAACAGCAGCAGCAGCAGAGAAAUGGGGAGGUUUCCUCCAGCCUAUGCCCUCUGCACCAGGAGGAGGCAAAGCUCUUCUGCCUGGAUGACAAGGAGCUGGUCUGCUUCGAGUGCCAAAGCGCUAAGCAUCAUGCUGACCACAAGAUGAAACCUGUGGCCGAGGUGGCAAAGACCUACAGGGCCAAAUGCAAGGACAUGGAGAACUCCCUGCGGGACAAGGUGAAAGACUUUGGAAGAAUGCAGUCGGAUUACAGACUCAUUGCAAACCACAAUAAGGCGGAAAGCGGCAAGCUGGAGAAGGAGAUUAAAAAGCAGUUUGAGGAGUUACACGAUUUCUUGCGGCGCGAGGAGAGGGCCAUGUUGGAGGAGUUGAGAGAGGAGACCCAGAAGAAGCAGGAACUGAUUGAAGACAAAAUCAAGAAGCUGUCAGAGGAGAGUGACGUCUUGCUGCAAGAAGUUGUCCAGCUGCAGGACGACAUGAAGGACGAUGACAUCUCCUUCCUCAAGAAACACAAAAGCCGGAAGCGCAGAAUCGCCUGGACCAUAGAAAAACCCGAAGCUAUUCCACUGGGCACCCUAGUAGAAGUCACCAAAUACUUGGAUUCCUUGCAGUAUAAGGUCUGGAAGAAGAUGCUAGAUAUCAUCAAAGUGGUCCCGUUCAGCUUCGACCCCAACACCUCAACAAGUUGGCUGGAAGUUUCCGAUGACCUGACCAGCAUCUCCACCUGUAACUAUAAGCUGAUGGUGGAAGUCCCGGAACGCUUCUCCACAGGCCGGCCAUGCGUCCUCGGCUCCAGAAGUUACUCCUCCGGGCCUCACGCUUGGGAAGUCGAUAUGGGCGACAACGAGUAUUGGUACGUCGGUGUGGCCAGGAAGUCUGGUGGGUAUUACUGGAGCAUCGGGUGUGAUUCCCGCCUGGGGUUUGGGUCCAUGUAUCGCGUGCAGGGGACCGGGAACAAGAAGAGCCUCUGUUCCAAGUCAGUUUUGUCCGAGACGGGCCGUCGGAAGGGCAUCAAGCGGGUGAGAGUGGAGCUGGACUGUGACGAAGGAGAGCUCUCGUUCUAUGAUGCUGAAUGGAGGAGCCAUAUCUACACUUUCCAUGACAACUUCGGAGAAGUCUUCCCGUAUUUCUCCCUUUGCAGCGUCGACACCUCCGAGUCUUUGAACGAGCCCUUCAAGAUCUGUCCUCUUCAAGUCCUUAUAAAGACGGAUUAUCCCAACUGAGGAUAUCCUUGUUCUUUGUUGUAUUUCCCUUUAUUAUCUUGUGUGACCCUAAAUUCUUUUCUUUUUUUACUUUUUGUAAAUGUGCUUAUGCAUGCAGAGAGGAAGGCUACCAGAGGCGCAGUACAGACCACCAUUAAGUGGUGUACCAGUGCCAAUUCUAAGGUUAAGGACUUCACGGCAACCGCACGGUCCCUAACCCUAGAACCUACAGGUGGCGUAACAAUGGUGGCAUCCUGUGUACACGGACGCCACCAUUGUUACAUAAGUGCCACGCGGCAUCCACACACUGCCACACGGCACUUACAUACUAUAACGAGUGCGCCAGUGGCGCACUAGUUACAUUGCCUCUGCGGCUUAACUUUUCUUGGGUUCUUUUUCCUCUGGAGGAAAGCCGUACAGUUUGGCGGCUGUGGCUUCCUUCCAGAGGAAAAAAGACUGCUGGCAGGCUGCCCUUUUUGGAUGGUCUGUCCCAGGCCAGAGAUUUCCAGACUUUGGUUCUCCGAGUAUUUUGCAGUUCAGCUCCGAGAAGCCUUAGCCACCAUAGCCAGUGUUCAGGUAUCCUGGGGGAUGAAGUCCAAAAUGCAUGGAGGACCAAAGUUUGGGGAUCACUGGGCUAGAUUUCCUUUCAAUAUUUGGGAUGCGUGGAGCUAAUCCCUGGGGAGGUAACACUCUUAAACUGUGGUUUGUGGGGUGAAAUUUGGUAAUUUCAGGCAGAUUGUAAGAAAGUGGGACCAAUAAUCUGCCUGGAAGUUGCACCGUGUGGCAGUCUGUGAUGUCAACAUGGUGUGUGUGUGUGUGCGCACACACAAAUCUAUUUUGGAUUUUAGUUUGAAUUUUAAGAUGUUUUCCAAAGCACUGAACUUUUGGGGAUAAGGGUUAGCACCUUGGGUGUCUCCUUCAAGAUUCAGACUAAAACCCAGAGAAGACCCUUUUCACUAACUUGGGGCACAUCUACACUGUAGCAGUAAUGCAGCUGGACACCUCUUCAAGUGCAAUAGCUCCAUCCUAUGAAAUCCUGGCAUUUGUACUUUUUUGUGAGGCACCGUCAGCGCUGUUUGGCAGACAAGGCUGAAGACUUUGUAAAAACUGCAAAUCCCAGGACCACAUAGGAUGGAGCCAUGGCAAGUAGAGUGGUGUAAAACUGCAUUAAUUAAUCCUAUGUGGUUUGUAGGCUGCAUCUACACUGUAAGAAUAAUGCA